AUGGAUACUCUUCGACAGAAAAAACGUUCACGAUCACAACCGGGAAUUUCUCUUAUUUCAACAAAUCAACAAAAUUCUGAAAAAAAUUUACUUCAACAAGAUGUUGAUUUUAUUGAAACAGAUUGUUGUUGUUUAGCAGAAACUAGCCAAACUAACGCUACGUUGCUUUGGUCUGCUUCAAUUGAAGCAAAGGGAGAAAGGAAUUCAAUAAUUACAAUAUCUCCACAAAAUAAAAUUAAUAUAAAUGGAUUAAGUAAAAGUGUUGUUAUUAUUGAUAGAAGAAAAGGGGGAGGAAAUGAUAGAAGAAAUAAAGAUGAGGAAGAAGAAGAUAAUGGAAAUGGGGGAAGUUGUUGUUCACAAGAUAGUGGGGUUAGAAGCAGCACUCAUUCUACCGGCAGUUUAACAACAGCUAGUAGCAAUUGUGGUGGAUGUAUUAUUGAAGAAAUUGAUUCUGGAAUAGCUAAUUUAAAUUGUAAUGGAUCUGAAGAUAAACAAAUAUUAAAUCAAAAACAACAAUGUUUUUGUUCAAAUAUAGCAACAACAUCAAAAGUAUUACCGCCUUUUCUUCAUCUAAUUUCUUGCAAUAGUAAGGAGAAUGGUUGUGGUAGUGUUGGUGGAGUUUUGUUUACCGCAGAAGCAGUUUUUGAAAAUGUGGCAAUGCUUCGCGAUGAAUUACCAUUUUCGCCUGGGGACGAAGUUGCAGUUCUUGAUUGCCCUUCUGAUGAGUUAUGGUAUGGAAUUUGUGGGCCUAGAAGUGGGUGGUUUCCUGCGGCAUAUAUUCGAGUAAUUUUUAUUGAAAAAAAUUUUUUUCAAAUUUUUUAG